CAUUCGCAUUCAUGGAAUCCGAGUCAACUCAAUUUAACCUGUUCUGUGGCCAAAUGAUCACAUCAACACUGAACUCUGUAGAGACUAGAACCAAAUAUCAAAUGGAUUUAAUAAAAGGGUCAAGCCAACAUAAUCUGUUCAUAUUUCAUAACAUACAUUAUCUUCCCAUUUGACAGCAGCAUCCAUGGCAAAGAUCUCCAAAUUGUUGCUGUGUUUCACCAUCCAAUACUUCUUCUUCAUUGCUUGUAGCGCUAGCCCAAUAUUCAAGAGCAUUUCCUCUGAUGAAUCUGCUCUUCUGGCCAUCAAGUCUCACAUAACAAAUGAUCCCUUUAGCAUAUUAGCAACCAAUUGGACCAGAGGCACCUCUGUUUGCAAUUGGAUCGGCAUCACUUGCAAUCAAAAGCACCAAAGAGUUGCGGCAUUGGAUCUAUCCGGGGGACGGUUCCAAGGCACAAUAGCCAAAGAAGUCGGAAAUCUCUCCUUCCUUGUGUCUCUUGACAUAAGCAGAAACAACUUCUAUGGCUUCAUCCCAGAUGAAAUCGGCCAUCUGAAGAGGUUGCGAUAUCUGUAUAUGCAGCUCAAUGUGCUAAGCGGCCAGAUUCCGAAAAGCUUAGGGUAUCUUACCCGAAUGGAAGAGCUGGUCCUGCAUAAUAACAGUCUCAGUGGACCAAUCCCUUGGUCGAUUUUCAACAUUACUUCGUUUCGUUCUGUUGACCUGAUGUAUAACUUCCUUAAUGGGACACUCCCGGAAGAUCUCUGUGGUAAUCUCCCAAAAUUGGAAUACUUCAAUGUGUCAUACAAUCACAUUGGUGGAAAAAUUCCAGCUACCUUGUCUCAAUGCUCAGAGAUCAAGUUCAUUGUUUUGGAAAGCAAUCAUUUUACGGGUUCCAUUCCUAGAAAUUUAGGCAACCUCUCAAAACUAGAGUGGUUGGUUCUUGGUGAAAACAAUCUGACAGGAGUCCUACCUCCAACGCUCUUCAAUAUAUCUUCAAUGACUGCUUUAGCAGCUGAAAAUAAUCAGUUAUCCGGCAGUCUACCAUGGGAUAUGUGCAAGACCGCCAUGAAUCUUGAAUAUGUGAUUCUCUUUCAGAACUUCCUAACAGGACCAAUCCCUUCUAGCAUGUCUUAUUGUCGAUCACUCAACAAAUUUUCUCUGUAUAACAACAGUCUGCAAGGGAGAAUUCCAGUAGGCAUUUGGAAUAUGUCAUCGCUUCAACAUUUAUAUCUCUGGAGUAACAACUUAACAGGGCAGUUAGAUAUAAGUUCGGGUAAUUCAUCCGUCUUGACCGAGAUUGUUUUAGGAAAUAAUGAAUUCUACGGUAGCUUGCCUGAUGAUAUGUGCUUCAGUCAUCCAAAUUUGGAGUGGUUAGAAUUCCAAAUUAACCAACUUUCUGGCCAAAUCCCUUCUAGCCUUUCACACUGCAGUGCACUCUACUUGAUCUACUUUGGUGCUAAUAAUUUCUCAGGUAAUUUCAUUCUCACAUCCAACUCUGAAUCCUACUAGAACAAGAAAGCAUGAAAGUGAACUUCCUCUCAAGUUAUAAGUCAUUCUAUCGCGCAGGAGCAAUACCACCGGAGAUUGGAAAUCUUUCCACGCUUCAUUAUCUGCAUCUCUCUGAAAAUAACCUAACAGGAGAAGUACCACCUGAGAUCAUAAACAUUCCCACGCUUCGCUUUCUGUAUCUUUCAAAAAAUAGCCUGACGGGAGAACUACCUCUUGCUUCUUCAAAUCUCUCUGCAUUAAAGGCUCUUGAAGUUAUGGUUAACGGGUUCUCAGGUUCUUUACCCCAAGAUUUGUGUUUCAGAUAUCCAAAUCUGGAGCUGUUAAACGUUGGAAAUAACCAAUUUCAGGGGCCAAUCCCUGCUAGCAUAUCGCAUUGCAGUGCCAUGGACACCAUUGAUUUAUCUGAUAACAAGUUCACAGGUAAAAACACUUUUUUUUUUCCUCAAAUUUUUCUUUCUGUAAUGAUUUAGCGAAAGCAAGGUAAUGUUUAUUAACGUUUAUUAGUAGGAUUUCAGGUAGUGUUCCAAGUGAUAUUGGAAGGAAUAUGACCAAGCUUCGGAAUUUGGUUAUUGGACAUAAUGAUUUCACGGGUAACAUUCCUCUGUCCAUUGGGAAUAUGUCCAGCUUAUUGAUCCUGAUGCUGAGUAAAUGUCAAUUCACUGGGAGAAUUCCAGCAGAGUUGGGACGGCUUCCGCAACUGGAAGGAGUAUUCCUCGGGGGAAACCAGUUUACAGGUGAAAUCCCGGCCGAGAUAUGGAAGUCGACGAGCAUCGGAAGAUUAUAUGUGCAAUGGAACAACUUAACUGGCAAAAUCCCGGCAGCAAUAUUUAACCUCACAACACUAAGGGAACUGGCCCUAGCCGGGAACCAUUUUGUAGGCAAUGUUCCUCCAGUUCCAGGAUCCUGAUUUCCUGUUUCCUCCAAUGUUUUCUUACAUGGCUUCUUUCUACUCGCCUUAUAACUAUGAAAAUGUCCGUAUAACUUUUGGUGUUAUAUUAAAUGUAUAAUAACACUUUUGAAAUAUUAAUUCAAUCAAUUACUACUACUCAUUAGGUUUUCACUUGCCAUUCUUUGAAGGUAUUAAUACUUUGUAGAUCGAAUUAUGAAGAUCAUUUUCUUUACGGUUUUAUAAAUCUUUUCAAAAUAAAAAAUAAAAAAUUGUAUGUUAUGGUCAAUAAGAGAAGCA